AUGCCUAAUUUGGAGAAGAUAACUGAACGACAUGUGGAUAUUACUGCUGACCAGAUCACUACUACACCGAUGUUCAAUCAAAUUCGAUCACAAUUCCCCAAUUCCAAGACAAUCGCUCUUAUGAGUAGUGAUUUCAAACAAUUAAUCAGCGAAGUUAUCGACAAAGUUACAAUUAAAAUCCAUGUACAAGAAACUCCCAACAGUUCAUUGUACAAUUCGAGUGCUCUUAAUCGUCAACUCAGACAACACUUGCAAAGUUAUCUUGAAAAAGUGAACAAUCAACUGUGGAACUCACUCUAUUGGAUGCUUAAUCAAAGCCGACCAGAUCGUUUGGCCAAAGCAAUCAAUACGAUGAUUUAUACGAAUGCUACUAAUAGCAACGAUUUUCUCUACGACAGCCGAGCAGCUAAGAGUAUUCACAAAUUCAGCCUGGCACAGCAAGAUAUUGAUCGAAUUGAAGAACUUAACAAGCGACUUGUUAUUCAUGCGCACAGAAAAUCGUCAAUGGAAUCUCGCCAAGGUGUUGCCGAAAGUGGAGAAAGUUCGAGCGUUCCUGAACUGUUCGAAAUGGAUAGCGAUGAUGAUGAUGAUGAUGAUGAUGACCGUAGCAACAAAAAUGAAAACCAAGCACAACAAUUUGAACAGAAUCAAACAAUGACACAUUCAAUAAAUUACAAGACGCAAUACAUCCUUUCACGCGCCGAAAUUGAGAAUUACCUUAGCGAACUGUCGGAUCACGUACAUUUAGUAGAUGACAUCGUUCUUCCUAAGUCGAUCAAUGUUCAUCUCAUCAAUAUGAACAUUCCAGAUGUAUCAAAUCGACUAACCACUCCGGUGACCAGCAUCAGUGAUGGCCGAAUAUCUCAAGUACGUCAAGUAUCUAGCUUUCAUGGUAUUAAAACAAGUGGCAUAUUCAAGGUUAUUUUAACUAUGAAUAGAACAAAACCAGAAAGUGUUAUACUCAUCGGUGACCAACUAAAGUCCUUGGUGAAAAUCGAAACAUCUGUUUAUUUGGGCAUUUUGUCCGUUCAAGUCACUGGAGGUAGUUCAUCAUCAAGUAGCACACGACAUCGACAUGUAUCAAAUUCUACACACUCACGAUCGACUAGUACUCAACUUGGCAGCAGCGAGACGGAAGUACUUAUCAACGCUCAUCAUUUAAUUAGCUUGAAAACGAGUAGUAUGGAAUCGGUGGAAAUUUCUGGUGCUGGUAUCAAUGCUGAUAUAUUUGAACUUGAAUGUCGUGGAUUUAAUUCGAUAUAUGGGACUGUACAUGUCAAACAACUCAAGGCUAUCAUUGAUGGUUUCUCUAAAGCGCAUUUAAUGGGUACAGCUAAUAUCCUGACAGUAACAGUCGGUGGCAGCAGUAAACUUCAUGGUUUUGAUCUGUCAACACAAAUAGCUAACGUAACUAUUCGUGAAGAUGGCUAUGCCGAAAUCAGCUGUAAUCAAACUAUAACAGUUAAUAUAUCAGACGAUGACGGCGAAGGAACAGUGAAAUACAAAGGUACCGCAACUGUUAUUCGAGCUCCUAAAUCAACAGGAGGAACAAUUCAAAAGAUUGAUUAA